AUGGUACCAUCGUCUCGACCCAAACGCAUGCGGCGUGGACCCGUGGAACCCAAGAUGCGCCGUGUGCAGCCGCUUGAAAAAGACUCCGUUUCAGGAGAAUACAAGCUGCCCGCGCGUGUCGGCAUUCUUACGGUCCACUCCCUAGGUCGUGUCGUGCCCCUCCCCACCUACCACAAUGAUCGCUACAUCUGGCCUCCUGGCUUCAAAGUGAGCAGAACGUACCUGAGCAUGGUCGAUCCAAAUACCAAUACUUCAUAUACGUGCUCGGUCGAGGAGAAUGGCGAACAGGGUCCUAGGUUCCGUGUGGUUGCUGAGGAUUGUCCCGACCAGCCGAUCAUUGCCAACUCUGCAACCGGUGUAUGGACUGCCAUUGUCAAACGUGCCAAUGAAAUUCGACACAGGGAUCAUUCCAACUCGGCUUCUGGACCUGACUAUUACGGAUUCACACACGCAACAAUCGCCAAAAUGAUCCAAGAUUUACCCGGAACUGAAAACUGUAUCAAUUACGUGUGGCAAAAGUUUGGCGUGAUGCAUCAACGGACUGCAGCGGGCGUCGCUGCGGCUGCACAAAAGAAGCUGACGAAUUUGGAAAUCAUGGGAAGUGCAAACAAGCGACCGCCACCCCUUCAUCAACAAGAUCGAGACGAUUUUACAAUCAUGGAGCAUCCCGAAGAACAGAUUGCAGCAGCAGCAGCAGCAGCAGCAGCAGCGGCAACUCAUCCUGUAAAGAUAGAGACACAACAACAGGAGCCCAUCCGGUUGAUCCAAAUGCAGCAAUCGUCAGCCACUGAUACGUAG